GUAACAAACCCUCUAAUUUUAUUUAUUCAUAUUUCAUAUUUCCUUAUUUCUAUUCUGAAAGUGAGCAUUUGUCUUACUUCUCACCACCUUCCAAUCCUCUUUUUUUCUUUUUUUCUUUUUUUUAAAUUUACCCCUUCGAAGUUCAAACAUCCACCUAUCAAGCUUCUGUUUUUUCAAUUGGGUUUUUCAAUGGUGGAUUGGAGAAGGAUAUUACCAGAUUUCUACUUCCAAAUUUAUUUGCUUUUUUAAUUCCUUUACACUACGAUUUCUGGAAAUGAGAGCUGGACUUGGUACGAUCCUGCAAACUCUCACGUCCGACGCGGCAACUAUUUUGAACCAGGCAAUUGCCGAGGCCGCUCGUCGUAACCAUGGCCAGACCACGCCGGUUCAUGUCGCUGCCACUUUGUUGGCUUCACCAACUGCCUUCCUUCGUCAAGCCUGUAUCAAGUCCCAUCCUAAUUCUUCGCACCCACUUCAGUGCAGAGCUCUCGAGCUCUGUUUCAGCGUCGCUCUCGAGCGGUUACCCACGGCUCAAAACCUCUCCGCUGCUUCAGAACCACCCAUCUCCAAUGCCUUAAUGGCAGCCCUUAAACGUGCUCAAGCUCACCAACGCCGCGGCUCCUCUGAAUUGCCGCAACAACCUUUGUUAGCUGUGAAGGUUGAGUUCGAGCAGCUAGUUAUAUCGAUUCUCGAUGAUCCAAGUGUUAGUAGGAUUAUGCGGGAAGCGAGCUUUUCGAGCCCUGCUGUUAAGGGUAUUAUUGAACGGUCUUUGAAUUCGUCGGCAUCUGUGGUGAAUUCCUCUCCGAUUGGAUUACGUUCUUCCCACUCUUCGCCGUCGCCUAAUCGGAGUCUUUAUUUGAAUCCACGGUUUCAUCAGGGUAGCGUUAACCAAUUGGGGAGGCCGAGAGAGGAGGAAGUGAAACGAAUCGUGGAUAUUUUGCGUAGACCGACCAAGAGAAAUCCAAUCGUAGUUGGGGAUUCGGAAACAGAUGCAAUGUUAGAAGAAUUUUUUAGACGAAUUAACAAGAAAGAACUGAGUGAAGGGUCGCUGGAGAACGCUGAGAUUAUCCGUUUAGAGAAGGAAUUUGCAUCAGAUAGAGAACAAAUACCCACAAAACUUGAUGAAUUGGAAGAUUUGGUAGCGUCCCAAUUAGCCAAAUCUAGUUCUGGGAGUAUUAUUCUUGACCUGGGGAAUCUAGAAUGGUUGUUUGAUCAGCCGGCGAGUUCUGUAUCCGAGGCCGGCCGUGCUGCCGUUCAGAAGAUUGGAAAGCUAUUGACAAGGUUCAACGGACGGCUGUGGUUAAUCGGAACCGCUACUUGUGAAACUUUCUUGAGAUGCCAAAUCUAUCAUCCGUCAAUCGAAAGUGAUUGGGAUUUACAUGUUGUUCCUGUUGUGGCUAAAGCCCCUCGCUCUGGUUUAUAUCCAAGGUUUGGAACAAAGGAGAUUCUUGGCAGUCCAAUCGAAUCCUUGUCUCCAUUGAAGUUUUUUCCUACUCCUCCCAUUAGCCAGCUGAGAAAUGAAUCUGAGUCUUUAAAUUAUGGUUCGAGAAUAACUUGUUGCUCACAGUGUAUGCAGAAGUAUGAACAAGAAUUACACAAACUCAUAAAUGAGGAGUCUGAAAAAUCUUCUUCAGGAGUCAAAACAGACAGUAAUAGCUCUCCCCUGCCACAUUGGCUGCAAAAAGCUAAAGAUCAUUCUCCUAAUGCUGAAUCAGUAGAUUCGAAACAGAAUAAGGACACAGAAUUGAUGGUAAAGCAGAGGACUCAAGAGCUACAAAAGAAAUGGAAUACUACAUGCUUGCAGAUUCAUCCCAAUUUCCAUCAAUCGAAAAUUUUCAGUUCAACUGGAAAUAUGCUAACAGGGAUCUCAACGAUGGGUUUAUAUAACCAAAACUUGCUCAAGUGCCAGCCUUGUCAGCCUAGGUUAGAAUUGAAUAAAAGCCUUGGGAGAACUCUUCAGCUGAAUAUGAAUCCACAACCCAACCAGCCAUCUGACCACAACUCAAUACGAACGGACUUGAUUCUUGGGCAAGAGAAGUUUAGUGGUAACAUCCCUGAACAAACUCGUAAAGACUGCACCAUAGAAUUUUUGGGCCAAAAUCAUAACUCUUCCAAAUCAGAGAUGAAGUCUCUGGAUAUUCAGAGUGCCAAACUUCUAGGUAUAACAGAUGUUGAUUCAUACAAGAAGAUCCUUAAAGUUCUUAUGGGAAAGGUUUGGUGGCAGCGAGAUGCAGCCUCCACUGUGGCUAACACGAUAACUCAACGCAAAUUGGGCAACAGGAAACGUCAAGGUGCUGGGUCGAAAGGAGACAUUUGGCUAUUAUUUGCGGGGCCUGACAAAGUUGGCAAGAGGAAGAUGGCAUCAGCUAUUUCAGAGCUGGUAUCUGGGUCCAUCAUGGUUACAAUUUGUCUUGGUUCACAACGUAAUGGUAGAGGAUUGGACAAUAAUUUUCGCGGUAGAACCCCAUUGGAUCAAAUUGCAGAGGCUGUUAGGAAGAAUCCAUUUUCAGUGAUAGUUCUUGAGAACAUUGAUGAAGCAGAUGUUCUAUUUCGUGGGAGUUUAAAACGAGCAAUUGAAAGUGGUCGUCUCAUUGAUUCCUAUGGUCGAGAAAUCAGCCUUGGUAAUAUUAUUUUCAUCCUCACAACUGUUUGGCUACCGGACGAUCUAAAGUGGUUCUCAGAUCACAAUUCUUUUGGUGAAAAGGAGCUCGCAACGUUAGCUGGUGAAAGUUGGCAAUUGAGGUUAUCUCUGUCCGAAAAGCAAUCAAAACGUAGAGGCAACUGGCUUUGCAAUGAAGAAAGGUUCACAAAAACCAGGAAAGGUACUAAUCCUGGUUUGUUUUUUGAUUUGAAUGAGGCUGCCAAUGCAGAGGACGAUACUCCAGAUGGAUCGCACAACUCAAGCGACCUCACAAUCGAUCAUGAAGAUGAAUAUGGCCUAAGCAAGAUGGAAUCAACCACAGCUUCACCAGCACUAACCGAACUUCAAGAUAUCGUCGAUGAUGCCAUUAUCUUCAAGCCAGUCAACUUCAAUCAUAUUACCCAAGACAUCAAAACAUCCAUCAACGAAAAAUUCUUCACCAUUAUUGGGGUUGAGGGAAUCUCAAUCGAGUUACAAGACCAGGCUCUUCAAAAAAUCUUAGCUGGGGUAUGGUUAAGCAACACUAGUUUAGAAGAAUGGGCAGAGAAAGCCCUCGUUCCAAGCUUCAACCAUCUCAAAGCUUGCUUUCCAAAGACAACAGGCAGCACAAGAGACAAUCCUAUAGUCGUUACUCUCGAACUAGACCGUGAAUCAGGCAAUCGAAACCGAGGAGAUUGGCUACCUAGUAACAUAAAAGUAGUGACAGCAGUAGAUGGAUUAUAAAUUUAUAAGAAUAGAGUGAAGGUAACAUAAAAUCUUGUAUAUAUGGAUAGAAAAUCUUUGACAGAAGAAACAAAACAAUGUGUUGUAAUUUCAUUUCUCCUUGAGAAUUAUUUAAUUCAAUUGUCUUCAACUCCAUAUUCAUGAUAUAAAUAAACAUAUACUUUCCUGAA